AUGUCUCAAACACCAAAUUAUGAAGAAAAGGAAACCAAGUCUACGCCAAAGUGGAGGAAAGGCACGGAAUAUGCGGAUACGACACAACCCCUUGGGGCAGGCGACAGUUUCUUAACAUUGGACCUAUUGCCACCCGACCUCGAAGCAACCGCAUUCGAGAAUCUAAAGAAAGAAGUGCAAUGGAAGACCAUGUACCACCAUGGCGGGGAGGUCCCUCGGCUUGUAGCUGUGGAAGGUGAAAUCCAACCAGACGGCUG